GUGAGUGAAGGUUGCGGUGCUUUUAAAUGGCAGUGCUACUGCACCAACAAAUGUAAUUAUUAAGUUUAACAUAAAACUAACAUGUCAGAUCCAGGUCAUAGCGUCAAUGUGAUUUUUGGGGGUCAAAAGUAUUUGGUCCCUUUACCAUUGAAUAGCGAUGCAACAUUACUGGACUUAAUGAAGUCAAUAGACUCUAUUUUACACAUUCCAUUUGAUAAACAAAGAAUAAUAUACAAAGGAAGAUCGCUUACUGAUCCUGAUGCAUUAAUUUCUUCAUCCGGUCUCACUCCUGGGUCUAGAGUUAUGAUUCUUGGUUCAGUUGAUAAACUUAAUCCAGAUGAGGCCGUAAAACUUGUCAAGGCAAAAGACACAUCUGAUGCAGUCGAUUUACAACUAAAAGACCUCUCAAACAAGCUAGAUACUAUUUUAUCUCAAAGUAAUUCCGAUAGUUUAGAGGUAACUGCACACGUAAAGUCUACAAUUGACAUUAUGGAGCAGUGCAUGCGUACUCUUGAGCUUUUGGACUCUGUUCGGUUGCCAUACAAUUGCGAAAGUGAACGCGCUUGUCGUAAGAGGCUAGUAGACACAAUACAAAACAACAUAUAUAAGCGAACAAUAUUGUUUUCGAUUAGAUUCUCAUCUGACUUUACUCUAACAAACUGUAAUAUUAUGUGUAUCUACGAAUUCAGCUGCUCCUGUGGAGAAAUUUAUAUCUGGCGCACUACCAGGCAACUGAACCAAAGAGUUUAUGAACACCUCUUUUCGUGGUUUGGAAAAGUUAAUGCCAAGACAAUGCGCAGCUCAGUUUUAUCACACUUGAUCGAUAGCGGAUAGAAACAAGUCAUUUAGAGUUAUUUAUCGUAUUCCUAUGGUGUUUGAUCUCAUCUCUUGCACAUAGCAGAAGCUAUAAAAAUUCCAAGUCUGUGUUCAUAAGAAAUUUGUAACACCCUUGUCUCUCCUUUGGCCUAAUAUAAAUACUCUUUGUUCGUUUGUUUUUUUCUUUACACUCUCCCGACCUUUCUUCUCUCUCAAAUAUACGCUUUAUGGUCUAAUUAUCUGAACACUUCUUGUUACGUAAUUUUAUAAUUUUUAUAAAUGUUAUCCCACUGUAUAUUUUUCUAACCACUGACCUAUUUCCGAUUAUGUAACAUUGAUUUGAGCCUUUAUUAUUCUUAUGAAAACCUAGUACAACUGUUAUCACACUAUCAAUUUGUACUUUUCACAUAUUAUGUAAUUGUUUCCAUUGUUAUCAUUGACUCACAAACUACCUUGAUUGGUUUAAUAAUUUCAUAUAUGCAUAUAAACAGUACUGCAUAUUAGAGUAAAGCCUCAUGAAGAUCUAAUUGAAAACAAUAUUGUUCGCUUAUAUUUGUUGUUCUGAAUUUACAAUAUGGAAAUUUUCCAAACCUUUCUUAUUUAACAUUGAAAGUAAAUUUUAUACUUUUAACUAUAAAUUUGACCAACAAAAACUCAAUU